CCCAGAAUCGCAGUUAUUCACCAAUUGCUACGAUUGACGGACGGAUACAGUCGGGUGUCCGCCACGCUAAGAGCGACCUCGUUCGCUUGCGUCCGUUCAUUAUUUAGCCGUCGCGCGUCGCUAGCGACGUACGCGACAUCAUUCAUCAUAGUUAUGGCACUGUGAACCGAUAGUAUGAAUAAAGCCGAAUCUUCAGCGGAAGCCGCCGUGCCCAGCGUGGCAAUAAACGUGGACCAAUAUGACGACCCGGACGAGGAAAGUUCAAAGCUUCUCCAUACUAACGCACCCACACCGAUCGUGACGCCCUCUGGACAAAUGCGCAAGGUGAAGAGCUUCAGCGAUACACACAAACUCCGAGAUGUGUCCACCGCUUCAGGUGCAGCAUCAGCCAGAUGCCUGCGCCCCUAUGAGCAGGUGACCCCAUACCCUGAAGGCUCCGAGUGUGGAACAAACCAAUAUGGAGCACCUUCAGUCAGAUCUCUCGCAUCAAUCGGGAUGGGAUGCACGGAUGGGCGUAAAUUGGUUAUUAGAAGAGUGCCGACUUCGCCUACGGAACUGUUUCAUUUAGUGCGACCUCCUACGCCGCCAGAUGAAGAUACGGGGUCUCACGAAAGCGAUUGCGAUGAGGAAGAGGAGGAUGCAGAAACGGACCACCUUAAACCCCGACGGCCAUUUUGGCCAAACAAGAUACAGUUCGUGCUGGCUUGUGUGGGCUACUCCGUCGGCUUGGGCAAUGUGUGGCGCUUCCCAUACCUCUGCUACAAAAGCGGGGGAGGUGCAUUCCUCAUCCCUUACUUCAUAAUACUCCUAGUUUGUGGCGUGCCUAUGCUCUUUAUGGAGCUAGCGAUUGGACAGUACACUGCGCACGGACCAAUUGGAGCACUUUCGCAAAUAUGCCCCCUGUUUACAGGUGCCGGUAUCGCAAGUGUGGUGAUCUCGUUCUUAAUGUCGACAUAUUACGCAGUAAUAAUAGCCUGGGCAAUUUACUACUUCUUCACAUCGUUUAAGGCCGUAGUCCCGUGGGCUAACUGCAACAACCGAUGGAAUACGGCUCAAUGCUGGCAACCUGUUCAUAAUCUUACCAAGCCAAACGGAUCUCAAACGGCCACUGAACAAUUCUUCGAGAAAAAGGUAUUAAGCAUGAGUGAUGGUAUCGAAUAUCCCGGUGGCAUGCGGUGGGAGUUGGCAGCUUGCUUAUUCUGUGCUUGGUUGUUAGUGUACUUCGCCCUGUGGAAAAGUAUCAAGUCUUCGGCUAAAGUGCGGUACAUCACAACAACACUUCCAUUUCUGCUGAUUAUAGUCUUUCUUGGCCGAUCGCUCACCCUCGAUGGCGCUGACAAAGGAUUAAGAUUUUUCUUCAAGCCGGAAUGGGAAUUGUUAAAGACAUCAAGGCCCUGGGUAAACGCAGCGUCGCAGAUCUUCAACUCGAUUGGAAUAGCUUUUGGAUCGAUGAUAAUGUUCGCCUCAUAUAACAAAUUUGACAACAAUUUCUUGCACGACACGUUGGCUGUAUCUCUCGUCAAUGCCGUCACUAGUCUGAUCGUGGGGAUAUUUACCUUUGCUACGAUCGGAAACAUAGCUUUCGAACAGAACACUUCUGUAAAGGAUGUCAUUGCCGACAGUCCCGGGUUACUGUUCGUCGUAUAUCCACAAGCAAUAGCAAAGAUGCCAGCAUCGCAACUUUGGGCAGUCUUAUUCUUCUUUAUGUUCCUCUGCCUAGGAUUAAACAGCCAGUUUGCCAUAGUUGAAGUCGUAGUUACUUCAAUUCAAGAUGGUUUUCCAGAUAUGAUACGGAAGAAGCUUGUCUACCACGAACUGUUGGUACUAUGUGUCUGUGUGGUAUCAUUUCUAUUUGGGUUACCACACAUCAUACAUAGUGGAAUCUACGUUUUCCAACUAAUGGAUUAUUACGCUGCCUCGCUCAGUAUCACAUAUCUCGCCUUCUUUGAAGUGGUCGCUAUAGCAUGGUUUUAUGGCGCCGGCAAACUGUCCCAGAACAUCAAGCAAAUGACAGGUCGCUACCCAUCGCUAUACUUCCGAAUAUGUUGGUUAAUUGCGGCGCCAGCACUGCUGCUGGCGCUAUGGGUCGCUAGCCUGGUGGACUACACGCCGCCCAGCUACCGCCAGUACCAGUACCCUGGGUGGGCGCAGGGUCUCGGCUGGGUCAUCGCGUCUCUAUCGCUAUUGUGCAUACCGGUUUAUGCAUGCAUUGUCGUCGCAAGAGCGCCGGGAAAAACAAUAGUAGAGAAAUUGCGGUAUUCCAUCCGUCCUAAUUCAGUGUGCGAGUGUGGAGUGAACGAGUGUGACGUGUGCGGCUCCGACUCCGAGCCGCCCGACGACAAACACCCCACCAUUACCUAUUAUCAACAACCAUCGUUUCCUAGUCCUAACUAAUCAAUCCAAAUUAAGUAGUGUUCAUCACAGCCGCAGCUGCAAUUAACGUGAGAUAUGCCCAGGCCUAUUUAUGGUGCCGAGCGUGAAACGUCGGUG